UUUUAUGUGCCUCUUCAUUGUGAGAUAGCGCAAGAUUUUGUCAUUUUUUGAAUGAGUUGUACCGCUGACACCGUGCGAGGGGCUGAAAUACAGCUAGGCUACUUCGUGUCGAAGUAAACGACGUCAGAAAUGUUUACCAAGAUGUUGAAACUGAAACUCCUCAACGCUCUGGCACCGGCAUACUUCUUUACGGCCACUGCAGUGACCUUCAUUCUGCACUUCUAUUUGUUCAUCCCGACGAUUUUCCAAACUCCUGCAAUGUCGCUGGAAGCGUCAACUGUGUUUCACACCGCGGUUUUCUUAUUCUUAAUGCUGAACGCCUUGGGUAACUACAUUAUGACUAUAAAGUAUCCUGCUGAGAGUGCAAACGAGAGCGUUAUUCCUAUGUGUUCACCCGACUGCCCGGACAGAGUGGAUGCCCACUACCUCCUCAAUGGCCGCCACUUCUGCAAACUCUGCAAGAAAGUAAUUUUCCGGCGGGACCAUCACUGUUUUUUCACGGGAAACUGUAUCGGCAAUAAGAACAUGCGUUACUUCAUCAUGUUCUGCAUCUAUACUUCAUGCACUUGUUUGUACUCUUUGGUUCUUGGCGUGGCCUUCCUAACAGUGGAGUACUCCAUCUCGUUUGAAAAUCCGUUGACUUUCCUGAGCCUUUUACCUCUCUCCACAGGUUAUUUCUUCAUGGGGGUGAUCUCUGGUCUACAGCUCUUCCUGGUGCUGAUGCUGUACGUGUGGCUGGGCAUCGGCUUGGUGUGCGCUGGAUUCUGCUGCCAGCAGGUGCUUCUGGUGGCCAGGGGCAAGACCUGGUGUCAGAUGCAGCAUGGUCAGCUGGUGGAGAGUCGCGGAUCCUGGAGAGACAACCUGGGGGAUGUUUUCGGCUCUCGCUGGGUUUUAGGGCUCUUCCUUCCUGUUCAGACGGUGGAGGCUAGUUUGGCCGACAAGGCUGGGCAUAAGCAUGACUGAGGAUCUGCUGGCAGGGGUGCCGUAACGGGAGGGGGAUGGGGGGGAGAUUCGGAUGAUUCUAAGGGCCCUGGGUUAGGCAGGGGGCCCGGCAGAAACCCAUUCUUUCCUGUAUGGUUUUGAUUUUGAGGCCCGGAGUACAAUUAGCCGGGGGGCCCAGAAACCCUAAGCGGCGCCCCUGCCUGUUGGCCGUGGGACCUCAACUCUCUGCACAUUAACUGCCUCAACAGUGGUUUACAACACUUUCUCUCUCUCUCUCUCUCUCUCUCUCUCUUUUUCACCCUCUCUCUGAGUGUGUCUAUAGGGGGCCUGAAGAGAGGACUCGCUCGUGGAUAGUUUGGUUAUGAAAUAAGGGUAGAAUCAGCAGAGCCCAGAACAAACCGCUCUACAUGAGGCCCUUCAGGGAGACACGUCUUAUGUCGACAAUUACUAGUAUAUAGAGUAGGGAUAUGUAAAGCAUUUAUUUAAAAAAAUUACUAAUGGUUAGUUUAUUAUUACUGUAGUUAAUCAUUUAGGUUAGUUUAUUCUUGGCUUCAAAUGGUUAUUUAUCAUAAUGUGAUACCUGUGUUGCUUGAACAAUAUGUUUGUCAUUCAGGUUGUUCAAGCUUGCACAGAGUGUUAUGUAUUGGGUCUUUAGGCUGUUAAACAUAUUUAACAGCCUAACAAGUAUAGCCAUUUAUAAACAUUCAUAGAAUAAUUAAAAGGGUUUGUAAUUUAACUCAUCCUGCUUUUAAAUCUUCCUGUUCUAAAAUAUAACAAAAUUCAGGGUGCUCAAAUUCGAAUGGUGAAAUUCAGAGAGAAAAAAUCCCGAAGUCCCGGAUUUUUGGGAUCUGAAUAGUACUGUUCGAAUUUGAUCAACCUGAAUUUCAGAAUGUUUAAUUUUUGGAUCAGAUUUUUAGUUUUUACAUUGAAAUAAAUUCAUAUUAAAAUUUUAAAGAGGUGAAUUAGAAAACCAACAAAUUCGGUGGCGUUUAAAUGUCAAUAUUGAGUAUUCAAUGCCUUCAAAACAUGAUUAUGUCAUUGAUUUGCUUCUAUAGUUAAGUGAAGUUGUUGAUGACACUUGGAAUAUUCUGAGAGAAUUAUUAGUAUCAUUCUAGGAUUUUUAAAUAUAGGACUGCAAGAGUAUGAUGGCUAUCUCUCCUGCUGUACUGUGGUUGCGUCAAACAGGUACUGGGUCCAAUAUCGCUGCUUUUUGUACUGUAAACAGAGUAAAAUCCAAAUCUACGAUUAUCAACAUUCUGGCAUCGUUUCUAGGAAAUGUUCUUCAAAGUGUUUUGUUGAAGGUGUAUGUCUGCUUUGAUGUAAAAAUAAUACACUUACCACCUACGGGCUGUUAAAAGUAUAAUACUUCGCUGAAAGGGAAACUUCCUUAAAAGGUUUGUUGACACAGACUGCCAGGAUGGAAAAAGAACAGGUCAACUGGGAUUUCUUUUAAACAAAAUUGAGCAGUUUGAGCUGUAAUCGGAUUGCACAUUUUCUACACCAAGUAUACAACUCUUACAACAUAAUAAAGGGAUGUUAGAUGUCUGACAAUGAUUUAAUAUAGAUAGUCCAUCCCUAUUUUACAGACCUGGGGUUCAAGCUAGGAUAGUGCUUUUAAUGUGCCAAACAGUAGAGUACUGCAUGACAGUACAACAAACAGAUCCAAAGAUUGUGAGAUAUCCUGUAGACACCGGUCAUUAAAGAACUGGUACUGAACACUUUCAAUAUUACAUAGACAUAUUAAACUGUAUUAUCUCAAUGUUAUUUAUGUUUUGUUGCAGCAUUUCAAAAUAAAUUAUUGAACUAUUUUGUCUAUUCUGUUGAUCCAAUAAAAAUAAUUAAA